CAAGAAUCAUGCCUACCGACCCUCCACCUCGAGGCAGACGACGCCGUUGACAGAAGCCUCUACGACUCCCGCCACUGCCACCCCACAGCCCUCCGUCAAAGACGCCCCCAGCGCGACCACGACUCCCUACCUCCACACCUCCAUCGCUGCACUCAUAUCCACAGACCCAAGCAUAGAGACCCUCAUCGAUCGCAGCAAUGGCUCUGUGGCCCGCCCUGCCGACCCGCCAACCGUCCGCGAACUGCGCAACCUGCACGAUACCAUCCGCGACACGGUCAACAAGUUCAUGGGAAAGCGAGGCGAGGUCUGCGAUCGGUCCAUGCGGCAGCUGGUGCAAAGGAGAAAAGAAAGGGUGCAAGAGGAACGAGAGCAGGAGGCUGCACGCGACGCCGAACGAGCUCGCAUCAAACGAGAGGAAGACCGCGCUGCCAAAGCGAAGAAGACGGCAGCGGCCGCGAAGAAGAGGCAACUGGAAGCGGACGAGAUGGACGUGGACGGCGUGGAGACGGAGCGGAAAGAGGUGCGAGAGAGCUUGCCCAGCGUGGGCGCCCAUGGACUGGCGAGGCAGGAUGGAGUCGGCGUGCAUCAAGGUGCAGAAGCUCCCCCGUCGCCGCCUGUCCAGCCUGGCACAGUCGCCGCCGACCUCAUGGAGACCGGCACCGCCGCCGACGACUCCGACUCCAAUGCAUCACGACGUGACGUGCCUCCUACCGCACCGCUCUACGAACGCAUCUAUGGCAAGGAUCCAACAGCCGCCGAAGACACGCUCCGAUACCACAUACCAGAAGUGACGGACGGCAUGUCGAACGAAGAGAAGCAAGACAUCUUUCGCGUGCGCGAAUGGCCCGCCAGCGACCUGCGAGAGCUCACUGCUGGUGACCCGCCCGACAAGGACUUUUACAACAAUGCGAAGCCUGCCAACCAAGUCAACUUUUCCACCUUUCAAACCUACGUCGAGCCCUACAUUCGUCCUUUUACCGAAGAAGAUGUGGCAUUUCUGAAGGAGCGCGGCGAUAGAGUUGGUCCCUACACCAUGCCGGCUUUCGGCCCGAAAGGGUACAAGGAAAUUUGGGCAGCAGAGGAGAAUCUCUCGGGUCAAGGACUGGAAGCCCCCAAGCAGGAGCGCAACGAGCCAAAUGAGGCCCGGGGAAGCAUGGAUGACAUGGACGAUGACAUCGCCGAUCAAGACACUGUGAGUAUGGGUCCAGUGAUGAGUCGCAUGUUGUCCAUCAUUCGACCACAGCCUAGUACGUCAACCAAGAAGGACGAAGGCGAGGAUGCCAACGGCGAUACGUCCAUGACCAACGGCGACGACGAUGCAAUUAUGGCGCUCAUCAACGGCACCACGGACGAGCAGAAGCCCGUGACUUAUCUGCCAGGGGAUCACCCGAAGCCGGACUUGCCCAAGCUCGAUUACGAUACUCUGGAACAACGCGCCCUGCAAGAGUUCAGAUACCUUGGCAUCAUCCCUCCCAAUGCCACACCCAAUUUCGAUCUGCACGAAGACAACGAAGUGGCGGCACGAUUGCGAACCCUUCAGCACGAGCUCAAGAUCGUCAGUCGUCGCAACAACAUUCGCAAAGCUCGGGUGUUGGAGUUGACGGAAGAGCGCAUGGCAAUGCAGGAAUAUGCCAACAUCUCUGAUGAUUUGGACAACCAGGUCAACGCAGCGUAUCUUAAGCGCAAUCGCUCACUCGCCAAGCCCAAUCAGAAGAAGGGCGCGGCAUCACGCCCGGGACAGAAGGGUGUGGCGUCGGCGCCUGCUGGCAGAGGCGUCAGCGAUGGUGUGCGGGCGCUUAUGCAGAAGCGCAAGGACUGGAUCGAGAUGGUCGGUCCGGUCGUGGGGUUCGGUCGGCCUGCCAUUCCCGAAGACGAUGAGUCGAUCUUCGACGAAGCGACCAUGAAGAGAUUGGAGAAGGCAGAGAAGGAGGCAGAGGCAGGCGAAGGCGAAGAUUCGUAGAAUGGAUCUGAUGCACUCGUGGAAUGGAUCUGAUGCACUUGUGGAAGGAGAGGAAGACGCAGGCGAGGAAGACUUGCCCAUGGCAUGAGCUGAGACGCGAGAGGACGAACUUUCGGGCUGUGGCGAUAUGAGCCCCCAUGAGAGUGACGACGACGACGAAAGCAGACGACGACGACGACGACGACAGUUCUGAGAGAAGACUCGAGAAAAAUGGUCCAGUUGACCAUGAGAGCUUUCUCGAUACGAGACAGCGACACAAAACACAUUCCAGCGGAUUCAAACAGAGAACUAAAGAGGGCAAGUGACGUGACCUACUAGACUAGGGAUACGACGACGCUAUUGCCUAUGCACUUGAGUCAAGCCCAUAGUUUGCACCUACUUCUCGGCCGUCUUUGCGGUAAAAUAUCUCGUUUCGUAUCCGACGUGGGGUAUAGCAAUAUUCCAUUGCGGUGCCACGGUGAUGAUACGGAGAGCAGGUAGGUAGGUCGUCUCUGCCCCAAAAAGGUCUCAUUCCCCCAUUUGAGCUUCUCGAGUGUGGUUUCU